AUGGUGGAUGCGUAUCGGACGCUGAAUUUGGGUGGUAGGGAAUACACCUUCUACGCCCGUGCGACCAAGUCCAGCUCGAAGAUUGAUCAGAUCAUGGUGUCGGGAGAUUUUCUCUCGUCGGUGACGGCAGCUGCUCAUACGCGCCCCCUGAAGGGGAUCUCCGAUCACAAGUUUGGCAUCUGGGUGGUGCUGCAGGCGAAUCUGAGGCUGCACAUGGGCCCCGGGAUUUGGCAGUUGCCCUCUGUAGACACAGUGAAAGCAGGGGUGGAAAGAGUGGCGACACUCAAGAGAUACGCGACGGAGGAACAGAAAAGGGUGCGGGCGACCCUGAGGCAUCUGGAGCUGGCGGUCUCUGGUCUGCAGCAUGCAGUGAUGUGGGAACCCCACCGGGACGACUUAAGAGCGGAUCUUCUGGAGAAGGAGGCCCACCUGGAGGCGUAUCUGAAGGGGGAAAAUGAGAGACUGCACCUCCUCGCGGGGGUGAGGGAAGAGACAAAAGGUGAAAUUGCGUCGAAGGUACUCUCUGGGAAAGUGAAGUCCAAGAAGACAAGGAUGAUGAUUCUUGCUAUGUCGGUGCAGGGGGAAGAGCAGAGGGGGACGAAAGGGAUUCUGGAGGCUGCAUCCGGCUUCUACGCAGCGCUGUUCGCGGAGGCUCCACAAUCAAGCUUGCCGUGCUGGAAGUCAGAUGUGGGAAAAACGCUAAGGGAAGAUGAAGCAGCGGAGCUGGAUGCUGACUGGUCGAAAGAGGAGGUAAAGGCGGCGCUGAGUGGUAUGGCGCGGGACAAAUCUCCAGGGAACGAUGGUCUGCCAAAAGAGCUCUUCAAGCGGCAUUGGGACCUGUUGAAAGAAGACUUCAUGGGUUUCGUUAAAAGUUUUGAAGAAACAGCGGUGCUCCCAGAGGAGGUGCAGGAGGCGGUGACUAUCCUACUACACAAGAAAGGCCCGAAGGAGCUGGUGCAGAAUUAUAGGCCGAUUACCUUGUUGACAAGCUCUUACAAGGUGGUGGCGAAGCUGCUGGCUAACCGCAUGAAGAAGGUCCAGGGAACGGUCAUCUCGGAGGAGCAGCACGGCUUCCUCCCUGGCCGGCGGCUCUCAGAUGCGGUGUCGAUGGUGGCGGACGUGACUGAAGCUGCAAACAAUGAUAAUGAGGACUGGUACUUGAUGAUAGUGGACUUUCAGAAGGCCUUCGACUUGGUGUCGCGGUCCUUCCUCUUUGACACGAUGGUGCUGAUGGGGUUCCCGGAAAAGUUCAUUCGCUGGUUCAGGGGCUUGCACGGAGGGUCGUUCACACACCUCUUGGUCAACGGAUGGUUGGGAGAUCGACUUGAUGUCUGCAAGGGGGGUCGCCAAGGGUGUCCGCUAGCACUGUACCUCUUCUUGUGCGCGGUGGAACCGAUCUGCCAGGAAGCAAAGCGCAGGAAGUUAGGCAUCUGUGAUGACCAUGGGGAUCGGUUGGCUUACCUCGGGUACGCUGACGAGACGACUCUGGUGCUGAAAGGGAAGCAGCAGAUUGGCCGGGCAUAA